CCCAACCACCCAAUCACCCAACCAAUCCAACCGAUUUAAGAUGUCAGCGCUCAGCCUCUGCCUGCUCGCCAGCCUGGCCUUUGUGGCCGUUGCCCAGUAUUAUGGCGAGUCCUACGACGACUAUACCUUCGGCCAGUAUGGCGUGCCGGUGGGCAGCGUGCAGCUGGAUUACCUGUACAGUGACACGGGCUCGACCUAUGGCAGCUCGCAGUACAACGCCGCAUCGGGAUCUGGCGCCAGAUCGUAUGCGUACGCCUCGGCCAGCGGACCCAAUGGAGCCAGGGCCGUUGCCGAAGCGCCCGGCUCGUAUAUGAAGCCCGCCAUGGGAUCCUAUCCGGCUUAUCCGCCUGCCUAUACAGCGGCGCCCACGACUGCUGCAACAGGUGCGACUGAAGCGCCCACUACAGCAGCGCCUACUACAGCUGCGCCUACUACUGCUGCGCCUACUACUGCUGCGCCAAUUACUGCAGCGCCUACUACUGCAGCGCCUACGACAGUCGCGCCCACAACAGUCGCGCCCACAACAGUCGCCCCCACUACAGUCGCGCCCACAACAGUCGCCCCCACUACAGUCGCGCCCACAACAGUCGCGCCUACAACAGUCGCCCCCACUACAGUUGCGCCCACAACAGUCGCCCCCACUACAGUCGCGCCCACAACAGUUGCGCCUACAACAGUUGCACCAACAACAGUUGCGCCUACAACAGUAGCACCCAUAAGUCCGCUUACGCUGGUUGUGACCGCUGCUGGUAUCCAGAUCUUGAGCGUUGCAAUCGAUCCGAGCUGUACCGUCGGCAAUAUCUACUCGAUCACUUUGGGCCAGGCUGGCAGCUCCCUCUUGAAUGUGUCGGGCUGUCUAACAAUCUAAUUGAAACGUUUCGGGUCUCGAAGUUUUUGUUUAUGCAUAGCUAAAUACUAAUCGUAAGCAUGGCAAGUGCUAUAUGAAGUGUGUUCCAUUAACCAUACUAAAGCAAUCAUUAAAGGGCAAUA